UUGUCAAGCUAUCUUAAAAAAAAUAGUCAAAGUUCAAUUGCGAUUGUUUAUUUAGAUUUCAAGAAAAAAAACAUAAACAAUUACAUCAUGUGAUUCGGUUCAACAGCAUUCAAAAGACCCGUAGGGUUCGGUAUCAAAAACGAAUUUUCAAAAACAUUAACAGCCGAUCUACGUCUAUGCACUGCUGGACAAAAUAAAUACCUACCUCAGAAUCCACCCCCAAGCAUCUUGAACAGAUCGUAAGUCAACAUUGAACCACAGACCGUUUUCUGUGCCUUGACCUGACCUCAUUCAAUAAAGCUUCAAGUUUACAGGUGCAAAACGGCGUUUGAUAUGCAAAGGCGAGGGGCGUUUCAGCGUUGCGUAAAAUUGAAACUUAUUACCUUUGAAAAUGCGCCCUUGGCUUUCCCACGCUGCUACAAAAACAUCAUCAAAAUAAAGGGCCCGUAUAAGCAACCUGUUGAUUUGUGUGGGUAGUCCCCUAGCGUCAUCCGCUCACGUUUUACCCCGACUUAUGAAUGAGAUAGCGAUGCCCGGAGAGGGGGGCGCUACCGCUACUCAUUCGCCGGCUCGCGCCCGAAGCGUACACACGUCCGUCGCGCUCCCUAACCACGAAUCGCGUGCAGUGAAACUUCAUAAAAGUUAUUUUAUUGCAAAAACAAAUGGCCAUCGAUAGUGAAACCUGAAACUGUGUGAUUGUGUGUGUUCUGUGUACAUUAACCUGUGUUUCAAAUAAACUUAGUACAUCCUAGCAUUGCUAGGAAUUAGUGAAAAUUGCUGGAUUUUGUUGGCCGGCGGACUGCGCCCAGGCCAGUAUGGAGAGCUACUUUGACAUCUCAAACGACCUUAAAGACGUCUGGGAUGCAGACAUUGACCCGGUAUGGCUGUUGUAUUUAUAAAUGUUGGAGAUGGACAACGUGCUAGACGAGGACGAGAGUGACUGGCUGAUCGAGCGGGAGUCCAAGUCCGGGGUGGUGCUGCACGACCGUCUCAUGACGGACGCGGCGUUGGGAGCCGUGCCAAUCAAGACAGAACACUCCUACAGUCUACAUUCAGAUGGCGAAUCCGCACCACCAUCGCCACACCACACCAAAGUUGACGACAUGGAAGACGAGUGCUACCCCGCUAUCCCCGCCAGCGCGUGGAGCCGGCGGCGUUCCAGCGACUCCCUCAUGGAGGUGAAGGCCGAGCCCAAGUCAGAGCCCGAGUCGCCCGCCUCGUCCUGCCCCCCCUCGCCCACCCCCGGCACGCCUGUGACACACCUCGACUACGUUAUUGACCACACAACGGGAACCAUACACAUGCCACAAGCCGUUCUGCAAAAAGUGGGUGCAGCGGGCGUGCCACAACUGCUGCUCAGUGCCGCGCCAAGGCUCGCCAACACGCUCAACUCCAACAAAUUGUCUAUCAAGGUCACAUCCAGCUCAGGAUCUGCAGGCUUCCACCUGCCGCCGACGCCGCCGUCGUCGCUGUCGUCGUCGGACAGCGAGGGCGCGCUGUCGCCGGCGCGCGAGGCGGCCGCGCCCGCGCCGCCGCCGCCGCGCCGCGCGCACCUCUACCUGCCGCACCACUCGCGCCAGCCCAUCAACACGCCGCUCAUCAGCACGCAGCCGAAAGGGUCAACAGGCCAACUGGUGCUCACAGAAGAAGAGAAGCGCACACUCCUGGCAGAGGGAUACCCCGUGCCUACGCGUCUGCCACUCACCAAGGCCGAAGAGAAAUCCCUCAAGAAAAUCAGAAGGAAAAUCAAGAACAAGAUAUCAGCACAAGAAAGCAGACGCAAAAAGAAGGAAUACAUGGACCAACUAGAGAGGAAGGUUGAAAUUCUCGUGUCCGAGAACUCCGACUACAGAAAAAGGGUAGAGACCCUGGAGCAGAAAAACGCAAGUCUCCAAAGCCAACUGGCCGCUCUGCAGGCGCUCGUGACGCGGAAUGCACGCAAGUGACGUCAUUGUGAAGAGUGUGACGUCGCGCUACGCUUUCCUUAAGGCCUCAACGGUUAUAGUCUGAAUUUAUACUGUUAUAGUGUGAUUGGUCAUAGAUUAUGAGAGGUGACGACUGUCUUUUGAUGGCACAGUUAUAAGUCCAAAUGGCAUUCUUACAAAUUCGUAUUGACCAAGUCUGGCUCUAAAAGACGUUUUGCUUACUAGGGAAUUAGCCGUCAGCUAAAUGCCGCUUUUAUAUGACCCUACUUACUAGUAAUUUCUGUCCUGUUUUUCUUCAUACAAAUCAACUCAUCUAUUUUAGUCAUUUUAUAAAUCAUUUCCUUUAAUUUUUCGUGAACGCUCAAGCAUGAUAUAAAUCAAUCAAAAGACACUUGUCAUUUCUCGAAGUUGUAGGUAUUUGGCUACGCUGAGUCGUAAUAUCAGUCAUAAUAUAUAUCUAUGUGUACUCAAAGUUCAUAUAUAUAUCGAAUUUUGAUGUCUCGUCUUGUAAAUUUCUUAGUAAACCAGACUAACGAUUAAUGUCAUAACUUAUUUAAAUAAUGUAGGUGAAUUUUUUUCUAACAUAAAAAUCGACCGGCAAGCCAAUUUUUGACAAUGUAUGUAUAUUUGGAAGUAUUUACAUAUACUAGGAGACUAAAGGGAACUGUUAGCGUUUCAAUGGUUGCUCACUAUAUUUUUAGUAAUAGGUUUUUGUGGUGCUGGAACCUUACUGCGGUGUUUACUGCAAAGUGCCACACUAGAUAUUUAUUUUUACAACUGCACUGUUUUCGACUUGAAGACUCGAUAACAGGGAAAUAUAAUUGAGUCUAUAUAGUGCCUUUUAUACUACACAAUAUUUAUACCAUUAUCAACUAUUAAACUCCCGUGAGACUCGAACAUAUGAAAAUUAUUUUAAAUUGGUCACUCACGUAUUAUUAAGUUUAAUAAACGCUCGAUGUGUUUCGAUCCAAUUUAUCGAGGACUUACCUCAUGAAGCACCGUCUGUACUGGUCAAGAGCGCGCCGCGUACUGCGGGCCGGGAGGGGAGGGGCGGCGCCGGCGCGGGGCGAGGACGGAUCUACCCUCUUUAUUUUUCGUUUUCGUACAGUUGAUUUUGGAUCGAUGUUGUGUAGUGUAGCAGGCACUCAAGUGUCGAUAAUUAUAUAGGUGUGUCGUUUGAAAUCUCGUAAUAUAUUAUAAUAAUGCUGCAAGAGCAUUAAAUAGCUUAAGUCUUAAUUUGUGUGUGUUUAUUAUUAUGUGAAAUUAGGUUAAGGAUUUUAUUGUUACCCAAAGCAUACGUUUUACUUGUAUGUGGCCGUUGUGGUGAUCUAUAGAAUAUCCCUGGAUUCGCUUCGGGAUUCUUGGUAGCAUAAUAUGUAAGACAUACACAUCGAUGUCUUACAGGAUAAAUUGAAUUCCAUGAAUUUGCAUUUAUAAAGAGAAAUGUAUCUAGAGAUUUUAUCUUUAAGAUAGAUAUUUGUGUAUCUACUAAAGGACCUUUUGAGCCGACUGUGUAAUUGUAUUCGGUAUGUCUAGUCUUUUGUAGAAGCAGUAACUGGGUUCACGGCCCAUAGAAUAGGAGUAUUCCCAUUUGUCCCCGCCGGGCACAGUUGGGAUAUUCCCAUAUAAAUCAUUCCUAUUUGUCCCCGACUCAUGUAUGACGGUGGUCUCGUGGGGCGGGGACAAAUAAGAAUAGACCGUAAAAUAGCUGUCAAUCAGGAAUGGCGCUCUGUGGCCAAGUACAAACGAACAGCGAGCCUUCUCAACAGUUUAUAUUAAUAAAAUGUGCUUUAAAUUGAUACAGGAUACUGAGGAAAGUUUUCCAUUAACGUUUCAAGUGUUGGUUAGAAUUGGUGUCUAAGUAGCUUGGGAGUUUUUUGUGUGACUCAAGAACACUUCAAUAAACAAAUAUUCCAUCUUCAACAUUGAAAGUUGUAAUUAAAUAAAAGUUUAAAAAAUCAUCGCUGCAGAAUAUUUUUGUUGUGAACCUUGAACUGUAUAUGAAAACUACGUCUUAAAAAAUAAUGUACCUAAAACUUAAAGAAAUGACUCGAUGCUAAAACAGCUGAGUCGAAUCUCGAAAAUCAAGACUCCAAACUAAGAAUGGUAAAAGGUAAGAAUGGCAAAGGUGAUGGCUAUUUGUGAUAACCAUUUGACCUGCCAAUUACGUUUAUAGCAAAUUUUCCUUAGUAUACAAUAUGCUUUUAUACUAGCCUUCGUAUACGAACAGUAUUUUAAUGUAAAGGUUAAUUCACGAAAACUGGCACGAAUGAAAUGAACGAAACUUCCAUUGUAUGAGUGACCUGUAUCGAUAUACAGUCAGAGCCACCAUUUUAUUGGUUAACCUGUUGUCUACCCAGUACGGAUAUCUCCGGCCAAAAAAAAAACAUAUCCAAGUUAAGGUUUUGAGAAAAAAGCACCCCUCUACCUACCCUGGCCGGAGAUCUCUGUCCAGUAUUUCUUACGUACGGAGAACACCCAUUUAAAAUCAAAAUAAAUCAGCUUUUCGAUUGCGAAUUUCCUCGGAUGCACAAAAAUCCGUCGUAACAAAUCUGGGGUGACCCGCGCAGGUGGGGAGCGGGAGACACGAGCAACUUAAAAAUAAGAAUACUAAUUAUUUAUUGUACGGGUACGGGUGGUUUUUUGGACAGCUUGGUAGACGACAGGUUAAUGUGAUAGACACAUCGAUAUUUUCAUUCACUCAGUCAUUCAUUUUAUUCGUGCCAGCUCUUGUAAAUGGACCUGUAACGUGCCACGAAUCUUGGUACUGGACGAUCGUCCUUCUAACAUUCUCGUGAACUAAUAUAUACAUUCCAAUUUCUCGAUGUAAGUGACUUAAAGUGAGCUUCGUACUUAUUAAUAAUAGAUUCUUCACAAUGUAGUCAACUUGCUGUACAAAUUUUUACCUGAAAACUGUUAAUUAUGUAUACAUAAAUGUCUAUAUAACUCUGCUUGACUAGUACAAUUCUAUUUCUGCCGUCCUGAGACGCGUCAUUUUAUAUCACGUUUGUUGACAGCCAAAACAACCUGUCACUGUUAAAAACCUCGUAUCUCAUUACCAAACGUAACUUAGAUACGAGCUUGAUAACUUAAGUUUUGGUUGUCAUCGAACGUUUACGUUAUUGUGUGCAAUUACGUUCUGUUGUACAUGUGUGAAGUUCUUCCUAUGUAGAAUUUUAAGAAAAUGUUAUAUUUAUAUAGUGCUAAAUUAAUAUAUCAACUUAUCGUCCCCAACUCAUUAGGGGGCGUGUUAUUGAAAAUGAAGAUAUAUUUUAAGAGAUUUUUUCUAAUGAAUUUUUAGAAAUAUAUACGUUAUACAGUUUUACUUGUCUCUCCUUGAGAUCUCUAGAUUAGCGUAGCUAUUGAUUGAAUGGCUUUGGGCUAUCCUCGCCUUCCGCUGUCUAAUUGCCUAACUAUUCCCGACGUAAUGUUUCAAUUACUGGAUACUUACUCUUAGAUUGUAGUUGCAGGCGUCCAUAGGCUACGGUGAGGAGAUCCGUAUACUUAUUUUCCACCGGUAUAAUAAAAUAACCGGCCAAGAGCAUGUCGGGCCACGCUCAGUGUAGGGUUCCGUAGUUACUCUCCCGUCACAAUAAGCUAAACUGGAGCUUAAAGUGUAGUAAAUGGUACCUUUCACCCGAGUUAAACAAAUAGGCAAAUUUGCAUAAUCAGUACCUAAUUAAAGUAAGUCUUUUUACUAUGAAGGGAAAACUUUUUGCGAUAACUCAAAAACAGCUAAACUGAUCAUGUCCGCUAUAGUUUUCAUUUAAUGUAUUUCUUAAGCUCUACUUCCACGAUUUUUUUCAUAUUUUUUGGACCUAUGGUUCAAAAGUUAGAGGGGGGGGACACAUUUUUUUUUCUUUCGGAGCGAUUAUCUCCGAAUAUAUUCACUUUAUCAAAAAAUGUUUCUUGAAAACCCCUAUUAGUUUUGAAAGACCUUUCCAACGAUACCCCACACUCUAGGGUUGAAGCGAAAAAAAAAAAUUCACCCCCACUUUACGUGUAGGGGAGGUACCCAAAAAAAAAUUAAAUUUUUAGAUUUUAUUGUACGACUUUGUCGGCUUUAUUGAUUUAUAUAUCCAUGCCAAAUUUCAGCUUUCUAGCACUAACGACCACGGAGCAAAGCCUCGGACAGACAGACAGACAGACAGACAGACAGACAGACAGACAGACAGACAGACAGACAGACAGACAGACAGACGGACAUGGCGAAACUAUAAGGGUUCCGUUUUAUGCCAUUUGGCUACGGAACCCUAAAAAAGACCACCAAAGAUGUAUAUAGGAAACAUGAACUGUAUGGGCAUCACUGGAGCCCCUGUUUAUCGGCGCAAAGUGUACAUGUCAAGUUAAAGCUUCCAAUGUACCCCACAAGAUGGCAGAACCUACAAUGCACAAGAAAACUUACAUGGACUGUAGAGGGCAGCACUUGCUUUGGCGUGAGCGUGAAGUGUUUAUGUUUCCCACUGAGGCCACAAGAUGGCAGACGCUCCAACGCGCACGAUUACACUGUAAUAUAGAGCUUCAUGCGUUCCAAUUAGGUUUACUAUAGCGCGUUCGCGAUGACGGUCGGGUUGUUUCGCAAUUAGGCUGCAGGGAUGUUCGCAGGAUACGAUGAACUGCAAGUGCCUAUCAGCAACGUUUAGCGUUUUCCAAAAUAACCUGUUUCUUACAAAUCUGGACUUUCUUGGGCUCAUUCUACUCAGAAUCGUCCGCGUUCUCCAUUCUACCAUUCAAAAGAAAAUGUCCUAAAAUGUCCGUACCGUUACGUCACGUGAUUUUUUCACUUGUAUGUGCGUGGCGUAGUGGAAACUAAAAUUUCCGUACAAAUUUUUGAGACAUUUUUUUUGCAUCAGGAUUGAAUAUGCUAGUGAUUCUGAGUUGGGAGAACUCAAAAGGAUCUGUGGGAACCAGUCUUUCAAUUAUUAUUUUUGGAAAAUGCUCUUUUAUUAAUAUGAAAUUGUUAGAGGCAGAAUGACCAGCGAAGAGUAUCCUUAGAGAAAAUACGAUAUUUAUAUAUAAAAUAAAGUAUUUUAACAUGUAAAAUAUAUAAUUCCUAAUAUGGCAUUUACCGUCUGCAAAGGAGUGAUGUAAUUGAAAACGACUUAUAUAAAUUAACUAAAGUAUUUAAAUUAAGUUAUGGAUUAAUUUAAUGCAUGUAAACUGAAUGCCAAACUUGUACAUAGCUCAUGCUCCAGGUAAGGACGCUAAGCACCAAGAAUUUCGUACAUCGACACGCACUAUCUCUAUCGCACACGCAUGAUAUUGCUGUCCCGCUCGCACAGUGGCAUUGACCACCGGCAUCAUAAUGGCGGGUCAAUGUACGAAAUUCUUCGUUCUACUUUGAAUCCUUACUUUAGCUGUUGUACAAGUACAAUAUUUCUGAGUGACAAUUUAGUAUGAUCAAUUCGUCAACCAAUCAGAUAUAAUUAUUAAUUAAUAAAUAUCGAUCCGUGUGAGUUUUAUGGGCAAUUAGAAUUUCUUAUUUCUACAUUCUUUUGCCUCUAGCCCCCUAUUAAAAGGCCCCCCGUUCCACUGAAUUUGUCGUAGAAUACUUGUCGGUGGCAAGAGGAUAUUACCCUUUCUAUCUCUAUUCUUAAAGCUCCAUUAAUUAUUUACGGGUGUUAUCUUCAAUUUCCAUCUCAGAGGUCUAUGAAAUUAAGAUUUUUUUUUUCCUUACAGCUACUUAAUAUGCCUACUUUAGUUUAUCCCAAACCGCAGAGGCAGAGUAUGAAAAGCUUAUUUCUAUUUUAAACACAUUUGAAACGAUACUAAAGUGCGUCCAGAUCUGGCAAACUCGCUAGUGGUACGUACUGCGCGCGUGUAUUGCGCAAGCGAUUUGCCACAUAUAGACGCUCUUUUGAGCGUCGGUAUCUACUCAGCGCUAUGGAAAAUGACAUCGCUGUGCAGUUGCGCCAACGUUACGUCGAGCAACAAGUUGACUAGACAUCGACGCUCGGGGGACUGGCCCUAAGGCUAAAAAUCUGUCUUUUAUAUAUACAGUUAAUUUCCUAAGAAGUUUCUCAAAAGCCUAAAACUCUUACGCAUCGUAUUUUUGUGCUUAACUCGGAAAACAUAUUUUUAUAAGACAUUGUGCAAUAAGCGGCCUAAACCCGGAUUGAUGAUGCGGCCAUGCCAAUAUUGUUAUUCAGUAUAAUUUUUAUUAAUAGUUUUAUUUGUUAAAACUACUCGCUGUUACCUUGAGUCAUCGUUUGUUGAUCGUUUGUUUUAUUAUUAUUUUCAAUGACAUUACGGAUUUUACUGUCACCUUUGAUAUAAAUAAAGCGUCAAAAUAUUGUA